AUGGCCAGUGAAGACGUCGAGCACACUGAACUGUCGUAUGCCCAUCGGAGUCCGCCAGCCCACUUGGCUCCUCUGCUGUCCCCCUCCAUUUUCUGGUUCCCUCCCAACCUCCGAAGUCGAACACAACGGCGAAAGGGGGAGUCCUCUCCUCACACGGUUAAAUUUGAAAAAAAAGAACUUGUCCCGCUCGUCUCUCCAUCUCCAUCUCCCAUCCAGUCUCACUCCCGCCACUACAACUUCACAUCCUCACCUCACAACCUCAUCUCUGCCACUUGCCAUCCAUCGCCACUGCUGUUGGCUUCCGCCUUCUCCCACUUUCCCAGACAGCUCAGCACUGCGCGUCUUUGA